CAUACUUUAGGAAGUAUAUUAUAUAUUUUCAUGAUUGGCCGGAUGCUAUAAAUAAUUAAGUUUUCGAUAAAUAACCAAACUAUUAAAUAAAAUUAAUUAUCUCUACCGCGCUAGUGUACGAAAUGAAGAAAUCGAACGAUUUGAAUGUACCACGAAUGUACGAUUACCACAGAGUAACUACACGUACGUUUUCAAUUAUUUUACCGAUUUUACCUUAAAAAAAUCUUUUGGCAUAUCCUGUGGCUAUGAUUGUCAGUUGUCACGUAAUUAUGUCAACUGUCAACUGUCAAGAAUUCAAGCUAAAUAACGUGAAAGUAAAUAAAUAAAUAAUUAUUAAACUUUAAUUUAACAUUUAAAAAAAUAAUAUAAAAAUAAUUGUAUGAUCAUCAAAAAUAGUGUUUAAUAUGUUUCCUACAAAUCACAAGACUAUCUUUGUUUUGGAUCAUACUCCGUAUUUCGGGAUUUCUUCUGAUAAUCCUAUAGACUUUGAUGUAACGAAAAGCCGGGGUCCUGGAUAUGUUCCCUUGCCUCCUAUUUGUAAAUCGUUAUGGACUUGUAGCGUAGAAGCUGCCGUUGAGUACUGUCGUAUCGUUUGGGAUUUAUUUCCUGAAGGAAAACUGGUUAGAUUUGUUGUAAGUGAUGCUGCAGCACAUAUUUUGAAUACCUGGGCAGUGACGCAACAAAACUUGACACAUAUUUUAAAUGGGCUGUGCCUUGUGGGUCCAGUGAGGAGGGGAGCAGGAGGGGAUGUGGUGGGCCUCUGUGCAGCAAUUGAGUCUCUUGGUGAAGCUUCUCCUAUACAAGCUUCUAGACCACCUGCCGAGCGUCAUUUUCAGAAUCGUGGCCGUAUUAUUUGUAUAACAAGUGCAAGAGAUGACGACUCCAUCAGAAGUCUUGCUGAGAUUGCUCUCAAUACUCUUGUGCAGCAAAACAAAAAAGCAUCUGCCGUACAACCACCUACUACUACAGACGCGUCGACAAGCACACAACCUCUUGUCGUCCACUACUGCCACUUAGUCAUAAUUAAUGUAACUCCAGAAAAGGCUGAAACUAGAGUAAACAACCAACCACUUGCAGAGAUGGGUGGAGGUUUAAUGGGAGUAGAAGUGAUGGUUUGUCGAGCGAGUGCCUUAGCUAAUUUAUUAGGACGACUAGUACUGCCUCAUUACAGGCUUGCUACAACUACAGUCACUGGAAUUCCUAUGAAGGAGGAGCAAAACGCGAGUUCAAGUGCCAAUUAUGAUGUAGAAAUAAUUCAUUCGGCGGAGGCGCAUGCUGGCUUACGAGCCAGUCAAACUGCCGCUGAAGCUAGCGAAUCGGUAGUAUUACGUUGGUGGACCCCCCGCGGCGCGGAGGGCGGGGCGGGGGGGUGUAACGGCCCCCUGUGGAGGGUGACCCCCGCGGAUGUGGCCUCUAGACCUUCAGCUUGCUUGGUCAACUUUCUGCUUAACGGACGAUCUGUUACCCUGGAAGUACCUCAAAGGAAAGGUGGAUGCAGAUCCGCGUCACACGUGCUAGCGGCUCAAGGAGGGGAGUUAUGGAUAGGAGCUUUGGGAGGAAGGACUCCGUAUGACGAUCCUCCCGCUUUGUCGGAGGGUGCUGGAGGACGAGUUACUGAUUAUAGGAUAAAAGAAUUCGGAGCGCUAAUGCAACAAAACAAGCUGAAUCCAUUAAAAGGUAGCGGCGCGAACGCACGCGCUCGUAGCAAGUUACAACGGCAUACUACUUAUUGGCCGUUGACUAUUUCGUCUACACUUAUAUUUAACUUGGGAUCUGUAAUGGACCCGCUCACAAGGCUGGUAGUACAAGAGAAUCUCACAGAUGAAGAAGUAGACUCGUGUCGAGGGGUGUUGCUAUCAUUGUUGGGAAUGGAAUCACGUCAUGAGUUCCCAGCUUCUCAAUUGCCUUCUAAUUUGAGAGGGAAGUCGAGCGGUCGCCGCGAAGAGCAAUGGCGGCAAGUGUGGGGCGAGCUGGAGGCGCUGAUCCGAGCGCACUCCGCGUCGCCCGCGCACCGCGCGCUGCUGCGGACGCUGCUCGAGUGCAAGUCGCACAACCAUAGUGCGGAGGGCGAAUCAUCACGCGCAUCAGUUAUCCGAGCCACAACAGAUUCCCCUCUAUCACCAGUGGGAGCUGGCAACGGGAACAGUAGCGAUGUAUGGGCUCCCAGAAACGCACUAGAUGCGUUACUAGGAGCUCCCAGACCGCCUAGACGACCUGACUUCGCUGGACGAAUGGCCGCUGGGAAUAGAGUAGCUACGUUAUACCAGCACUUACAGCAAGACGUAGAGACUACCAAUUAGUCGCGAAAGCGAUCCAAGAAAGAAUAGGCGUCAUGUUGUGUUGUGACGACAUAGGUGGUUAAUGGAAUGGACAUAAUUUGGUUGACAGACGUCAAAGGUUCCUAUUCUUGGUUGGAUCGCAUUAUGCUGAUUCUGAUUGAAAACAGUUUUCAACUAUGAAGUGUAGGUUAGCAAAUUUGUUUAGAUUUAACACUAGCUGCGCUCCGCGGUUUCACCCGCGUGGUUCCGCUCCUGUUUAUGAUAUUG